AUGCGGCCAACUUUGGUGCCUUUCGUUGGGCUCGUCUCCCUCGUCUCCGCUUUCGUCUUCAAUGGCGAUGUCCAGAACGUGCUCGCUCCGUCUUCCAGAAGCAAAGACGGCCUCUCAGAUGUCAUUGCAGCAUCUCCCGUGUUGACACUUCAUCGUGCUCUUUGCGAAGUCGGCUCCGUCACUGGAAAUGAGGCAUCAGUUGGCAACUUACUUGUUUCCUUCCUGGAAGCCCACAACUUCACGGUAACUAAGCAGGCGGUACCCCUUCCCAACAGCACUGCCGAGCGUUUCAACAUCUACGCCGUUCCAGAUGCCAGCAAGUUCCCUGGCUAUACGAGCACUGCUGCCUCUUACCAGGGGCCCAAGGUCAUGUUGUCCAGCCACAUCGACACCGUCCCACCCCACUUUCCAUACAGCCUCUCCUCCGCCAAAUCCAACAAACGCAAGGACAUCUUGAUCUCUGGCCGCGGUACUGUGGACGACAAAGCUUGCGUGGCAGCACAGACCUCCGCCGCGCUGCAACUCCUCGCCUCGGGCAGCGUCCGCGCCGCCGACAUUGGCCUCCUCUUCGUCGUUGGCGAGGAGACGACCGGCGACGGCAUGAAGCAUUUCUCUUCCUCGUCUCUCUAUGCUUCCCAGGCCGACAACCUGAAGGCAGUGCUGUUCGGCGAGCCCACGGAGCUCAAAUUGGCGACCGGUCACAAGGGCAUAACCAUGCUGUAUAUCAACGCGCAGGGUAAGGCUGCGCAUUCGGGAUACCCGUGGCUGGGGCGUAGCGCGAACAGCAUGAUCUUGCCCGCACUGACGGUUCUGGACAAGCUGGGUGAUAUCCCCGAGGAUGAAGGUGGCUUGCCACGAUCGAAGAAGUUUGGCAAGAGCACCGUCAAUGUAGGGUGGAUGCAGGGUGGCGUCGCGGCUAAUGUUGUGCCGGAGCAUGCGGCGGCGGAUGUGACGUUUCGGUUGGCGGGUGGGACAAUCGACAAGGUCAACCAGAUCAUCCUAGAUGCUGUGCAUGCGGUGGAUCCGGAGGGUUUGCUGGACUUGAAACUGGGCCAAGGAUACGGCCCUGUAGUCUGUGAUGCGGAUGUGAAGGGGUUUGAGACCAUCAGUGUGAACUAUGGAACUGACGUUCCUAAUCUGAAAUUGAAGGACGGAGUGAAGCGGUAUCUCUACGGGCCGGGCAGUAUAUUGGUUGCCCAUGGGGCCGACGAGGGUUUGACGGUGGGUGAUCUAGAAGAGUCGGUGGAGGGAUAUACGAAACUUGUCAAGCAUGUAUUGGAAAGCUGA